GGAUUCGUGAACUUUACGUUUCCAUAGCUGCAAACGGUUAAUAACAAUCGAUGAUUCGCCUCUACGCCGUAGUAUUUUCGUAGAGUGUAAAAAGCCGUGUAGAAAGUAAUAAUGUCGAUUGAAGUGAAAUUGAUUGUCUUCGCCAUAUUAUCAUAUAGCACAACAGCUAUAAACGGUGUCAUCCAACAUGUGGAAAUAGAAAUACAAGAAGAUGUUCCAGCCGACAACUGCAAACAAUUUAUAGAGACUUUCAAGAAUGUUUUAAAAUUGUCAUCGGAACAACUGCAUUCAUCGCUCGAUGAACGUAUACAGUUUGGCUCGUUUAACAUAAUUUUACCGUCAACAUGGUCGAAUGAUUGCGCUAGCAACGCGACCGUUAACAAUCACAAUGGUGCGCCAAUAGAUGUCAAGAUAACAGACACACAUCCGAUUUUUGGUGAUAGUUGGUGGACUUUACAAACAGAAGCAUGCAAAAAGCGAGGAAUUCAAAUAGCAUCGUCCUACAAAAAUAUCGAGGACAACAUUGAAGAUGCGGCUGAGAAAUUCGCUGAAGAAUGGGCGAAGUACCGUUACGGUGUGUUUGACGUUCAUGGCUUUGUAAAUGAUUCUGUUUACCCUUCAUGCCAUCCCGACAACCCAUUGUGUUAUGAUGCAAUUAAGCUUGAAUUCAACACCACCAACAGUUCAUAUUUCACACUUCAAAAUCCUUAUCUGCCUUCGAAGCAAAACUUCAUGUGUCACCGACAAAGUCCAAUCGACAUCAUUGCGCAAAAUUCCGAUUUCAUUGGUGUUGAAGGGAAUCAACCAUUACUUGAACCAACUUUCACGUUUUCCAAGAAGAAGAUGACUCGCUAUAUGGUGAUCAUAGAUGAACAUAUCGACAUCAGUAUCCGUGAUUCGUUUCAAUUUCUUCGUGACGCAAUUCGUAAAUGGAUUGAAAAAGAUCUGAGUCAUGAUUUCACGGAAGUUGGAAUUUAUUUAAUGGCGAAUGCAUCAAAGUCAGACGAUCCUGAUCGAAAGCUUAUCAAAUCGCUUCAAGGAAGUGACAAUCGUGAAGAAAUCUUUUCAAUUCUUCCAUGGUACAUUGAAUCGAGUGGACGAAGUGUUUCAAAAUGCAUGAUAAACAAUGCCGUGUCGAGAAGCAUUGGUAUGUUGGAUGAUCGUACAAGAACUCAUGGGGCGGCUGACAGCGUCAUACUGAUCAUAGGACCGGGAAUGUUCUCAUGUCAGGAUGAUUCAAUCAUCAUGAAUGCCAUUGAUAGAAACAUAAAAAUAUCGACAAUAAAUUAUCCGAUUAUCGGACCAAAUCGAGUUGAUAUGAGCCAUUUAGCAUAUAAGACUGGCGGUGAAGCUUUUACGGUCAUGGAGCAGAAGCAAAAUGAAGUCCAAAGUUUGUUGACAACUUUCUUUGAACUUUCCAAUGUAUUGAUGCAUAUCAGUGCUGUAAAUUAUCAUGGCGAUUCUUCUUUAAUGCCCGUUGAAAUAUAUCGAAAGGAAUUAUUAGACUCGGGAUCACGAGAAGAGAAUCGCGUUUAUUUCGAUAGUUUUAAUGUCGAUGAAGCGACGGAAAAAAUCAACUUUUUCAUCUACAUUUAUGACAGAAAAGAAAGAAACAUUGAAAAUGGAAUGAAGUUAAUCUCGCCAAACAACAAAGAAUUUUCAACAUUCUCGGAACUUCGUGCUGAAUAUCAUCAGCUUGCAAUUCUUGGGAAUUUGACUGGAUACGGAUCUUGGAGUUACAAUCUUAAAAGAUUCUUCGGCAGUCCUCAAAAUCACUUCGUUCAAGUUCUUGCUUAUCCCAAACCUAACACACAAAAUUUCAUUCGUGCAAAAGCAUGGACAAACCGCCCACAAGGCGGAAAUCCGAUUAUUAUCUUUGUGCAAGUUAUGCAAGGAAAUUUGCCGAUCAACGAUGCGCUUGUUGAAAUAUCUGUGACAGGAAGUAAUGGACAUAACAUGAAAAUUCAAUUAUUCGACAAUGGAAGUGGCGAUCCGGAUAUUACCAAAGGAGAUGGCAUCUACACAAGAUAUUUCAUUCCACCUGAUGUCGGCAUGUGGAAGUUCCAAAUUUAUGUCAACGAUAAUGGAAAUACUGCUUACGUUGCGAAAGAAAAUACUUUCCUAGAAUGUUGCGGAAGUGUCAUUCCAACAUCAUCCAAAUUGCCGGUGACUUCCUUCCAACGCUAUCUCGUUCCGAUGACAAUUUUCAUUAACCGCGAUGAAGUUGCAGAAGCUAAAAGUGUUUUGCAUAACAUUGGAAGAAUUGGAGAUUUACGAGUUUUAAAUUACAAUAGUUCGAGUGAUGAAUCGAAAGCAACUCUUGAAUGGAGUGGACCGGAUGUUGGUGUUGACAAUAUAAAAAUUGAUUAUGAAAUUCGUGCUACAACAGGUCCAAUCUCUAAUUAUGUUAGAGUCUUUAUUCCCAAGAAACGUGCGAUAACAUCUUCAAAUACACCCGACAAUAAUUCAUAUCCUUCACUUGUGCCAUCAUACGAUGACGUAACAUAUCAAAAUAAUCAAAAUGAAGCAUUAUUAAGCAUUGAAAUUGUGAUACUUCUUAUUGUUCUUCUCGCUAUUAUUUUUAUUUCAAUUCUUUGUUGGUGCUGUUGUCGUCGAAAAAGAAAAUCGAAGAAGAAUGAAAAGAGUGAAAAUAUUGUAAAGUCACCAGUUGCACAACAAAAUUCGAUUAGUAUCAUAAGUCCGCCAUCAAGUCAAAAUUACAAUUUUCAAUCGCCUGAAGCACAAAAUAAUUACUAUACAGAGCAACCAACGUAUUCCAUCCAGAACUAUAUGGAUGAGAUUCCAUGUCAUCAAACAGUGGGAUUGCCGAUUGAAGAUGACAUGAAUUCGAUGUAUAUCGACGAGUCAGAAGAAAAGAAAUAUAUGAAAGCGAUUAGAGAUACUUACGAUCAGAACUUUGCACAUCUUUCAAAUGGAUCGCUUACAGCGAACGGGAAAUUUUUGAGUCCCUACGAAUCUUGGACACCUUCUCAGCUUCUUCAUGAACAUGAUAGAAGACAUGAGGUUUAUGGAGAAAUUGUUCCACCAAUUCCACCACAUCCUUAUCAGAAUAAUUAUGGUUACACAUCGUCGCUCAGAGCGCCGCCACCACAAUAUUCUUCCGUUAACAGAUCUUUAUUAGGUCAAGGGUCUAUGCAAUCUGUAGAUGGUGGAACGCUUUUGAGCAGCGAUAGAAAGAAACGAAGCGUCACAAUGGUGUAG